AUGCCUUUGCUUAAUCGCCUGAACCCUACGCCAGCAUUCCCCGCACAUAGCGGCCCAUACAAGGUCGGAUCAGCAGAUGUAGAAAUACCUUCGAGCGAAUUAGCGAGUCAGAGUGAAAAUGCCCCUCCCACGGAAUUACCAACAGUGGCUUUUCGUGUCUUCUACCCGUGCAAGCAAGAUAGUAACGAAAGAGCUGUAAGAUGGUUACCAAAUCCGCAGCGGGAAUAUCUCAGCGCCUAUGCGAAAUUUUUGGGAGCCAAUAGUGUAUUCGCUAAAGUAUUCUCGCUAUUACCUCAAUUAUUAUACUAUGUUUCAAUGCCUGUACACCAAAACGCGGAGCUUUUGGCUCCACCACCAAAAUCUAGUCGAUGGCCUGUCAUGGUCUUCUCACACGGUCUGGGUGGCACCAGGAACGCGUAUUCGCAAAUUUGUGGCUCACUGGCAAGCCACGGAGUUGUAGUUGUCGCAGCAGAUCACCGUGAUGGUAGCUCACCUCUAGCUAUCCACCAUACGCCAGAUGAAAAAGAAAAGUUGAAGCGAGUAGAGUUCAAUUCAAUUUCCUACUAUCCCAGUACGGAAGCGUACCAAGGAAGAGACGAGCAAUUGAAGAUUCGGCUAUGGGAGCUGGGAAUGAUACACGAUGCGCUAUUAAAGAUUGACGAGAGCCGACAGCUGAAGAACGUUGCGCAAGAUCAACCCAAAGGAAAGAGUGUGUUGAGCAUGUUCUCGAAUUUGCUUGAUAUCCAUGAACCAGGUGCUAUCAGUUUCGCAGGGCACUCCUUUGGCGCUUGCACAAUGAUUCAGUUUGUCAAGUCGAUCUACUACAGGCCUCAAGGACAAAUCCCGGAUUACAAACCAUUAUACAUCCCUUCCGAAGACUCGAAUAUUGUUCGCCAGAUCACGCCCUCUAAUUCCGUUAUUCUACUGGACCUGUACACGAUGCCUAUCCAGAGCCCAGACACUGCAUGGCUCAGAAGCAAACCAAUGCCAUGCUACGACUCCCCCAACGGUGGCAAAAACCUCCUCGCCAUCUCCUCCGAAGGUUUCUACAAAUGGGCCUCCAACUUUCGAGAAACAAAACGCAUCAUCGCCAAGCCAUCACCGUCAAAUUCAAAGUACCCAGCUCAGCCCGGCCCACACAUCUUGUACCCCAUCGCCUCAGCCCACCUGUCCCAAAGCGACUUUGGCGUCUUAUUUCCCUGGUUAACAACGAAAUUCUUUGGCGUCAAGGAGCCAGAACGCGUACUCAAACUCAACACCCGCGCUAUACUGCAGGUUCUACGUGAAAACGGUGUUCGCGUCGGUAAUACUAGCGCGGCUGACCUUGAGCUUGAGGACCAAACAGUGAGUCAAGCCAACGACACGACGAUCCUGAGUCGCACCAAGGAUAGCGUCCGUGGAUGGGUUAAUUUGAGCGCCGAGGUGGAAGGCGGUCUUGAUUUUACGGGGUUGAAGAAAGUCGAAGGGAAGAACGUGGUUAGUAAGCCAUCGGAGAGAGUGGGUGGUGAAGGAAAGGGACCGACAGAUGCGGUGGUUGAGGGAGAGGGGCUGGGGCAGGUUGUUGAAGGGAGUGAGAAGUGA